UGGGAGAGAUCAUGUGCCUACCACUGUGCGAGGGCCAAACUGAAGGACAACCUUAGUCAUCGUACACAAACUUUUGGGUCUCCCUUAUCGGAACUUUAUCGGUCCGCCAAUUGCCCACCGCCCGCACGCAGGGCUGCGAAAAUCAGCCCCACUGACACACAAUUAGUUGCGCCUGAAAUUCUUAAUAUCGCGAACUUUUCUUUCUCCCCGCGACAAUCGUAGAAAGAUACGCAGAGUACCAGCAACAAUACCCUUUUGCGUCCUUCUUUCCUCCAAAUCAAAACAAAAUGGCCCCCCCUCAGACCAAGAAGACUGGCAAGUCCAGCAAGACGACCAAGAAGUUCGUCAUCAACGCCUCGCAGCCCGUUAACGACAAGAUCUUCGACAUCUCAGCCUUCGAGAAGUUCCUCAACGAGAAGAUCAAGAUCGACGGCCGCGUUGGCCAGCUCGGCGACACCAUUGUCAUCUCCCAGGUCCCCGAUGGCAAGAUUGAGAUUGUUGCCCACAACGAGCUCUCUGGCCGCUACCUGAAGUACCUGACCAAGAAGUUCCUCAAGAAGCAGCAGCUUCGUGACUGGCUUCGUGUCGUUUCCACCUCCAAGGGUGUUUACGAGCUCAAGUUCUUCAACGUCGUCAACGACGCUGAUGACGAGGACGACGAGUAGACGAUUUUUUUUAUGCGCCAUGACACGUUUUAGGAAUGCCGUCUUUGACAAGGGAAAUAAAAACUGGGGUGGAUUAGAUACCAGACGAGUCCGGGCUUGAAUGCUCCAGGAUUCUGUCACAGUCAAUCAAAGAGGCCAUAAAGCUUGCUGUCGCAAUUUCUUCUCUCAUGUCAUGUCCUGCCGUGACGUUAUGUGAUUGUGCGAUGAUAUGGUUGAUCCCGUCAUAUUAUAGGAGAUGAGCCGCGCCGAUUGUUAUGCUGUUUGGCCGAGUUGAUGGUACAGUCUAAGGUCUAUUAUAGUUACAUAAUCUCUCCCAUUCUAGGGCAAGGACCUCAUAACACCCUCAAAUGCCACCAAUGCCAUUGCGUUGGCUGGAAAGGCUCGCAAGAAGCAAGGCAGGAAACCUCUCCAGUAACCCGUAGGCCCCUUCUCCCUGUAAAUGGUGACAGCAGCAUCCCGCCAACUCUUGAACCUUGGCGUACCGUCUCCAAGCCCGCCGCCCAGCGGAUCCGUCAUGAUGCGCUGCUUGACAACAUCACUGGGGUAGCUGGUCAUCCAAAAUACCUGAGCACUCAGGCCUCCGGCCCAAAAGUUGACGGCCGGUGUGCUCAUCGCAGUGUUCUCCCUCAUCCACUGCGACAGGAGGUCGUAGCUGCCCCACCAGAAGAAGAAGAAGGACCGGAACAGCAAUGUCGCACCGAGGCCGUGGUACAGGCCCGGGAUGCCGUGGUGGCGGUAGAUCUUCUUGAUGCAGUCGAUGGGCCCCGCGUAAAGCCUGUCCGACUUUUUGGCCGCGUACUGAAUCUGCAGGCGGGCCUUGACGUGCUCCACCGGCGCCGCGAUGAAGCUUACGGUCGAACCAGCCAGGAUUCCCGCUAUGCCGUGGCCGUACGCCGGCAGCGUGUCGGCGACCAUAGACACGGGGAUGGAUGCAUCACGUGACGACAACGGGGUGCUGAAGACGUGUUCGCGUAGGAGCCGGCGGUAGACUGUCAGGCUUCCGAGCAUGACGCUGUCCAUGAACAUCCAGCCAACGAGGGGAGGGGUGGCGCCCUUGUAGAGGCCGGCGAACCCCUCGUUACGGACGGUCUGGAGCAGACAUUGCAGCGGGCCGUUGAACCGCGACGCGUCGGUUGUCUGCAAGCGGACCUUGAUUGUGUCGAAUGGAUGGCCGACUUUGACCUUUGCGAUACCGGAGAAAACACCAGCGACGAAGCCUUUAUAAUUCUUGGCGGGCGCAGCCUCGGCCGGUACAGCCUUGGCCUCGGACGACAUUGAGACGAUUUGUUAUUACUUGCACUCCACUUUACCAGACAUGUGUGUCCUCUUCGUUACCUUUAAUCGGUUGGGCAGUAGUUUGAAUUUGGUGGUUAUGGUGUCGACCAUUUUGAUAAACUUUCACGGGUUAAAAUUUCGACGCCACCUAACAGUUGAAAUCUUGACCCGCAAGGGAGAUCCCCGGUAAGCGAAAACGUAGAACGUUGUAAUAUAAUGUAUGUGUACU